CCACUAUUCGCCUCUGAAAGAGUAAAUAUUGCCGAAUAACCGAUCUAGUGACCCUUCGGCGUUUACCAAGAGAACGGGAAAUAGUUAGUCAUUAUAGGUGGUGCCUGGGCUACUCGUAGGCUCCUAGCUAGUACGUCAAUUAUCACCACAUUGUGACAAGACCACCCCCGCGUUGAGGUCCCGCGUCCAGGGCUGUGUUUUCCAGCUUCUCGUCACUCAUUACUGCGCCUCAGCUUCCCCUCCAUCGCCUAAUCACGGACGGCUCUCAUCCUCUUGAACAAAGUAUUUCUUCCUUUCUUCAUCUACUUUUCUCUGCUACUUUUCUCUACUUUAUCUUCUUCGCAUCAAUCCCACCGGUUCCAACCACUCCUCACUACUAAGCUUCUUGCUUCUCCCCCACAUCACAGCUCUAGAGCAUGUCAUAUUACGGACAACAACAAGGCGGCUAUCCUGGCCAAGGCCAACCUCCUCCUGUUCCCCCGCACCCCAAUCAGCAAUAUCAACAAGGUUACGGCGCGCCGCCUCCGCAACAAGGUUGGGGACAACCUCCUCCUCAGCAUCAACCCUACGGCCAGCAAGGUUACGGCGCACCUCCUCCCGCUCAAGGUCAAUGGGGACAGCCUCCACCACCACAAAAUCAGCAGUGGGGACCACCGCAACCGUACGGGCAGCAGCAGGGUUAUGGACAACCGCCACCACCUCAGGGCCAGUGGGGUCAGCCGCCUCCACCGCAGAAUCAGCAAUGGGGUGCCCCUCCUCCAGGCCAGUUCAACGCCCCUCCUCCGGGUCAAUAUGGUGCUCCGCCGCCAAGUGGCCCCCCAACACAGCCGUCAUUGGGGUAUGACUUGAACAUGCUUCACAACACUCGCCUCCCUAUGAACGCGGAAGCCGAAGGUCUUCGAAAGGCCAUGAAGGGCAUGGGCACGGACGAGAAGGCCCUGAUCAGGAUAUUGGCAAAGCUUGACCCUGUGCAGGCGAACAGUGUCCGUGAGGAUUUCCACAGGAUGUACCAAAGGGACCUGACGGCCGAUAUCAAGAGUGAGACGUCUGGGUAUUUCGAGAAGGGCCUGGUCGCAAUUGUACGCGGACCACUGUUCAACGAUGUACACGCACUCCGCGACGCGAUGAAGGGCAUCGGCACCAAGGAGAACGUCCUCAACGAUGUCCUCGUGGGCAGAAGUAAUGCCGACAUCAACGCCAUCAAAACCCAGUAUCAGAACACCUUCUCUCGAAGCUUGGAGAGCGACCUCCGUAGCGACCUUUCUGCUGCCACCGAGCAGAUGUUUGUCAUGAUCAUCUCGGCCCGCAGGAAUGAAGACUCCGUUCCCGUCAUACCCCAGCAAAUUCAGCAGGACGUCACCGACCUACAAGCUUCCUUCGGCAACAUGGUGACCAAGAACCCCGUCCAGGCUUGCCAGAUCCUUACAAGCAGGAACGACGCUCAGCUCCGGGCCAUCGCACACGAGUACCAAUCCAAAUUCUCCAAGCCGUUGGUCGACGCAUUGAAGUCUACCUUCUCCGGCCACAUGGAAGAUGCACUCAUCCUCCUCGUUGCACGCGCAUACAGCCGUGCUGCAAGCGACGCGAAACAGCUUGAAGAUGCCAUGGCCGGAAUGGGCACCAAGGACGAACUUCUUGUCCAACGUAUCAUUCGCGCGCACUGGAACCGCGACCACAUCAGACAGGUUGGCAUCGAAUAUCAGAAGUUGUACAAGAGGGAUCUCAUCAGCAGGCUGAAGGGAGAGAUCCGGGGAGACUACCUCCGCUUGAUGACGGCUUGUGUGGAGUAAUCCCGAAGGCCUAAUCCGUAUCUCCUACAUGUCUAAUGUGGUUCUUCUUUUCCUUUGUUUGUUUUCUUGUUCACGGCAUGGGUUCUUGAUACCCCAAAGAUAGGUAGAUUGUACGAUUUGUAUUGCAAAGCUGGAGGCCG